GUUUCGGUGCUCGGCCGGAUCGAGGAGCCAUGGGCGGGCGGUGCGGAGCCCUGAGGAGUCUGCGGGGAUGGUGUCAGCUGCCAGGGUCUACUGAGGCUCUGAAGAGGAAGAGUAACAAAAGCGAGCCAAUGUUUUGAUGAAAAUAAUUUUCCCAUGGAUUUCCCCCUGGAAUUUCACUGCAAUUGGUAGAUCUGUAGAGGACAUCUAGAUUUGGACAGCUGUGCAAACUUGGAGAUAAGCCUAUUUUGUCACAUUCUUCUUACCUAUUCUAAGGUGCUAAACACACUACUUGGCUUCACAUGUGCAUCGUGCAAGAUAAGUGUGUUGCUCAGCAUACAGAGCCAAACACAAGUUGCUUCAGAUUCCAGGAGUGGGGGAGCUGUUACAGCAGUUGCAGCAAGGAUGGAAGUAGGUUGUAUUUCUUGAUCACUGAAAACACUGAUGGAUGGACCAAUGCAUUUUUAUCAACUUGUGUACAUCAGCGUUUUAUCUACAGCUUGUUGCAGCUUGCCUGGAAGAUUUCUGGGAGGGCCACCUUACAAUCUACGAAUGGAAUCUUACAAUUUUCAUCACAUUUUGUCCUGGCAGACAAAAACUAAUACAGCUGUGCCAUCAUACUAUCGUGUACUGUACACUGACCAUAGGACCUGGAAGACCGCCAAACAAUGUUCAAAUAUUACACAACUAUCCUGUAAUCUGACUGAUGAUUUUGAAGAUACUUCUAGCCCAUAUUCUGCACUGGUUCAGAGCUUCACAGGAACUGAAGUAUUCAAUUCUUCUGUACUUCAUUUUGUGCCACGUACUGACACGAUCCUGGGACCACCAGAAGUUCGUAUCAGUUCCUGUCUAAACUGCAUAAAUGUCUCCAUAAAGUUGCCAACCUCUCACUUCAGAAAAAAUGGGAAGCUACUGACUUUAAUUGAUAUAUAUAAAGAGCUUUAUUAUGAUAUCACACUGAAAACAGUUGAUGGAGAACAUAGGAGAUCACGUGAGAAAACCACUCAAGAAAAUUUUAAUACUGUCAUUGAAGAAUUGUAUCCAAAUAGAAAUUACUGUGUGUCUGUUAUGGUUACUGCAUCUCUGAACAAACAUUCCAUCCCAUCAGCCUGGAAAUGUAUAACUACAGACUCUGUAGCUCAACAAGAUUAUCAUGCAGUCUUGGUUGCUGUCACAGCUGCUAUAUGUUUUAUACUGAUGUUAGCUGGUGCCCUGAAAUGUAUACAUGCAGGAGGUUACAUUCUUCAAAAAACACCACUGCCACUUAGCUUGGUAUCCAUCAUUACAUCAGUCUAUCCAUUUUGGACACCUGAACCUGUAGAUACAGCCUCUGUAGAGGUCAUUUACAAAGAGAUUAAAAAAAGGGCAAAUGAAUCCAGUGGACGUAUCAGCAAUGAGGAUGACAGCAAUGAGGAUGACAGUGAUGAUAUAAGUAAUCAUGACUAUACAAGGCGUAAUAUCAUAAGCAGAGACCCUCAUUCCUCUGAUGUGCCAAAUGGAUUCAUACAGUACUCUAUAAAGAGGGCAUGUGAUGACAGCAGCAGCCAGGCAAGUGAAAAUCCAAGCGCUGACCCAGAAGAUUUUGAAGACCAUGAAAUGGGCAUUGAAGAAGGUAAAGAUGCAAGUAGUGAGUUAUUUAAUCCUCUCUCUGAGGUAAAUUGUAACUAUUCUUCUAGGCAAAGGAACAGUGCUUGCUUUGCCAUUAACUUAAACACUGUGCUGUUGGGAGCCUCUGAAGAGAAUGUGGAUAGUUCUGUAGCUCUGGUGUCUUCCCAAGAAGAUGCAUUGGACUGGCAAUGUGCUUAUGCUUGUGAAGCAAAAGUCCUGGGUGACACAGAAAGUGUGUGGAAACCUCCCUGCCAGAAUGGCUCUCAUGAGUGGCAAAACUCUGAUUCUUCUGAUGAAAGCAACUCAUCUGAUUCAGAUACGGACCCAAAAUCUGGAUACAUAAGAAGAUAAUAAGUGAGAACCACUAUUAUUUUAAAACACACGGAAUUAUAUUCUCCAGCUCCGUGUCUGGACUCAAUCUAGAGAUCUUGUCUUUUUUUUAACGUUCUGUGACUGUAUGCCUGAACACUGACAACACUGAACACACUCAUUCUUCAAUACUUCUCUGAUCUCUCCAGGUAUGGUUGGGGUUUCACAGGGAAAGGAAAAUGACUGCUCAGAGACAGCAGAAGGAGUAGUUACUUCAUUUUGCAGUUUAGUAGUGAAUUAUGCCAUUUAGCUGCUAGAAAGUAACUGUCUUCUAAAGUGAGAAGUUAGUUUGUGAGUAAAUGGCAUCUCAAGAUGGCUUUUUUAUUUUGAAAGGACUCUAUUUUUUAACUCUGUAUUAUUCUGAAACCUGUUUUGCUGGAUGGAUUGCUGUAUUCAAGUCGGUGAGCCAACAUUGUGCAAAAAAGCUGAUCAAGUGAAAUAAUGGGAGUUGACAUAUAAGUACUUGGCUUGCAAAAGACUUUACUGUUAAUCAAGGCAUUAAAUAUACCCUUUUGUAUUUUUAAUUGUAAUUUCGUGCAAUUACAUACUACAUUUUUUUUAAAAAAAUGACAUUUAAAAGCUACUGCAGUGUCCAGUUAUAUUUUAACAUUUGUGUUUCAUAAAAAAAAUUUUUUUUCA